AUGCCAUAUUAUGCCAUGUUUUUAAAAGAGAUGAUCACCAACAAACGGAGUUGGGAGGCAGAGGGUACAAUACCCAUGACAAAGAACUGCAGCUCAAUCAUCUUGAGAAAUCUUUCGACAAAACUUCAGGAUCCAGGGAGUUUUACUAUUCCCUGUACUAUUGGUAACAUGAAGUCCAUUAAUUGUCUGUGUGAUUUAGGUGCUAUUAUAAAUUUUAUGCCCCUAUCUCUGUUCCGGAGCAUGUUUGGUGAUCAGCAGGUACAAGCUACCCCAAUGAUGUUACAAUUGGCAGAUCACUCUUUGAAGAAGCCACAUGGGAUUGUGGAGAAUGUUUUGGUUAAGGUUAACAAAUUUAUAUUUCCUGUAGAUUUUGUUGUCCUUGAUUAUGCAGCCGACAGGGACUGCCCAAUGAUCUUGGGGCGACCAUUCAUGAACACUGGAAGAGCUCUUAUUGAUGUGCAUGAUGGCAAACUGACUUUGAGAAUUAGGGAGGAGAGUGUUGAGUUUGAUAUGAAAAAGAUUACACGCUAUCCCAAUAUUGAAGAGAAAUGGAUGCAGAUUGACAUGGUGGACGAGAUAGUACAAGAGUAG